UAUUAGUUCAUAUUAAAUAUGAAUGCGAUUGAACUUGUGGUUGUCAGUUUGUAUAAGCAGACAUUAUGCAAUGCAAUAUUAAUCAUGAAUUAAAAAAUGCUUUUGAGCAGGUGUAGUGAAAUUUUUAAUUGUCAAAUUAAAAAAAAACUUUAACAGCCAAAAUUAAAUUUACGAAGAUGUGUGUCUGUGUGUGUGUGCUUUGUGUAAAAUAAAAAUAAAAUAAAAUAAAAAAUAUAUAUAAAACAUAUAUAAAACCCAGUGUCCCGUCCCGUCCCACUGGUACUCAAAAUUUUUUUUCAAGGUUGGCAGGUCUGCAUUUACACUAUUCUGACCACUAGGGGUCACCGUGGAGAGAGUGUCAGAUUGUUUCGAAGCCUCGACACAUUACGGCACAUUUGCUUUUACUGCUUCAGUGUUUCACGAAGCCUCGCUCUGCCCAUCACUACAUACCAGUGCUGUUACCGUGCUCUCCUAUUGCGGCUUUGAUUUUGAAAUUAGCUGAUGAUCAAUGAACUGCAGCUCUUUAUUGUUGCUUUUGGUGACGUGAACUCCAUGAAAUCUGCAUAUAUAGAGCGGGAACUGAAGAUUGGAUUUAUAUUCGUUUUGCGGAGACGCAUUUAUGUGUAAAUGCAAUAAUUUUUAUAAAUCAUAUAGCUAUCCAAUCAGAGAAAACGCAUGAAGUGACCAGGUGUAAGCAGGCUCUGACUGAAACAAACCAGGUAUAAAUAGGCAGAAACAAAUGACAUGAUUGAUAACAGCUGUGUGCAAUAUCAGUAAUGAGUACGGGAAGUGGGUGAUGGGAAAUGGAGUCUGUGAUGGUGACAAUAGUCCGGGGUGGAGUGCCCUCUAGUGGCUAUCAAGACCACUUCAACAGGCGCUCAGAUGUAAACAAGCCCAGCGUGCAUGAGAAGCACAUGGAGGAACGAGUGAAGGAGACGCGCUGAAUGAAAGUGCACGUUCCCUGUCUGACAGCAGAGGGCGCUGAUGGAACAGCAGAAAUGCAGCGGUUACCCCAGAAACCCCACAACUCUCCAGUAACUUUAAUAGAUGUGUUUCCAUAUACAGGGAAGAUGUCAAACUCUGAGACGAGGAGGAGGAAGAGAUCUUCAUCUCCAGAUCCCAGCUGUGUGUCCCUGAAGAGCGAUCGAUCCAUGGAUCCUCCUCCUGUUAGAUUCAGUGAUGGAGCAGUGACCUCUGACCCCAGUAUCUUCAGGAAGAGAUCUUCAUCUCCAGAUCCCAGCUGUGUGUCUCUGAAGAGCGAUGGAUCCAUGAGUCUUCCUCUUAAAUUCAGUGAUGGAGCAGUGACCUCUGACCCCAGACACGAGAGCACGGAGCGGAUCAUAUCCACAAGUCGGCGUAUGGAGGCCGCAAAGGGGGUGCUCACCAGCACCCUUCUGAAACCUAAAAUUAUGAAUGGGACACCCUACGGUCUCGAGGACUUAACGGACGUGCGGCAGCCAUUCAGGGGGAGUCACAGAGCAGCAUCUCUACAAUCCAGUCAUGUGUCUCUGAAGAGCCGUCGAUCCAGAGUUCAUCCUGAAUUCAGUGAUGGAGCAGUGACCUCUGACCCCAGAGAUGAUCAGACUGGAGACCAGGAUUCUCCUCAAGCAGUAGAUGAUGAACUCCAGAGAGUCAAAGAGCAGCUCAAAACCAGCAUGAAGAACAAGUAUGAGAGAUUAUUUGAGGGACUGAACCUCCAGGAGAAUGAAACCCUCCUGAACAGGAUCUACACACAGCUCUACAUCAUAGAGGGAGAGAGUGAAGGAGUGAAUGAACAACAUGAGGUUUUACAGAUGGAGAAAACAGCCAGAACACACUCACAAGACACUCCAAUCGACUGCAAUGACAUCUUUAAAGCCUCACCUGAACCAGGACGUGAGGAGAAACACCAGAUCAAGACUGUUCUUACUAAAGGCAUCGCUGGAAUCGGAAAAACCGUCUCUGUGCAGAAGUUCAUUCUGGACUGGGCCGAGGGAAAAGACAAUCAGGAUGUAGAUUUCAUGUUUGUGCUUCCAUUUCGAGAGCUGAACUUGAUCCGAGAUCAUCAGUACAGUCUUCACAGACUUCUGCUGGACUUUCAUCCUGAACUUCAAGAUCUGGACCCAAAGAUUUAUGAGGAGUGUAAAGUUGUGUUCAUCUUUGAUGGUCUGGAUGAAAGCAGAAUCACACUGAUGUUUUCAGACGCUCAGAAAGUUUCUGAUGUGACUGAGACUUCAUCAGUGGGUGUGUUGAUGUCAAAGCUCAUGACAGGAGAGCUGCUUCCCUCUGCUCUCAUCUGGAUCACCUCCAGACCAGCAGCAGCCAAUCAGAUCCCCUCCAGAUACAUCCACCAUCUGACAGAGAUUCAGGGAUUCAGUGAGCCUCAGAAGGAGGAAUAUUUCAGGAAGAGAAUCAGUGAUGAGCAUCAAGCCAGCAGAAUCAUCUCACACAUCAGAAGAGCAAGAAGCCUCCACAUCAUGUGCCACAUACCCGUCUUCUGCUGGAUCUCAUCCACUGUGCUUCAGAAGCUCCUGAAAGAAGAUCUGAGUGCAGAAAUCCCUCAAACUCUGACUGAAAUGUACAUCCACUUCCUGCUGAUUCAGAUCAACAUGAGGAAUCAGAAGUAUGAAGAGAGAGAUCCAGAGGAACUGCUGCAGUCCAACAGAGAAGUGAUUGUGAAACUUGCUGAAGUGGCUUUCAAUCAGCUGAUGAAGGGCAAUGUGAUGUUCUAUGAGGAGGACCUGAGAGAGAGCGGCAUAGACGUCACUGACGCCUCAGUGUAUUCUGGGAUUUGCACUGAGAUCUUUAAGGAGGAAUCUGUGAUUCAUCAGAGGAAAGUCUACAGCUUCAUUCAUCUGAGCUUUCAGGAGUUUCUCGCUGCUUUCUAUCAGUUUUAUUCACAUGUGAUCAAGAACCAGAAACCACUGUAUGAGUUCAUAUUUUACAGUUCUGAUGAAGACUCUCUGGAUGAUCUACUAACAUCAGCAGUAGAUAAAGCCGUCAGGAGUGAGAAUGGAGAGCUGGAUCUGUUCCUGCGGUUCCUGCUGGGCGUCUCACUGGAGUCCAAUCAGAGACUCUUACAGGAUCUACUGACACACACUGAGAACAGCUCAGAGACCAUCAGAGGAAUUACACUGUACAUUAAACAGAAGAUCAAAGGUGAAGAUGAUGUUCUCUCCACUGAAAGAUCCAUCAAUCUGUUCCUCUGUCUGCUGGAAGUCAAAGAUCAGUCUCUGUCCAGAGAGAUUCAGGAGUUUGUGAAAUCAGACAAACGCUCAGAGGAGAAACUCUCUCCGUCUCACUGCUCAACAAUCUCCUACAUGAUUCAGAUGUCAGAGGAGCCGCUGGAUGAGCUGAACCCCAUGAAAUACAACACAUCAGCUGAGGGGAGAAGAAGACUGAUACCAGCUGUGAUCAACUGCAGAAAAGCUCUAUUUUCUGGCUGUGAUCUCUCAGAUCAGCAUUGUGAAAUUGUGUCUUCAGCUCUACAAUCCUCAAACUGUGUCCUGAGAGAGCUGGAUCUGAGUAACAAUGACCUACAGGACUCUGGUGUCAGCUUCAUUUCUGAUGGACUGAAGAGUCCAAACUGUCAGCUGCAGAUCCUGAGACUUGCUGGCUGCAAUCUCACUGCUCAGUGUUGUGACGGUUUGUCUUCAGCUCUACAAUCCUCAAACUCUGUCCUGAGAAAGCUGGAUCUGAGUAACAAUGACCUACAGGACUCUGGUGUCAGCUUCAUUUCUGAUGGACUGAAGAGUCCAAACUGUCAGCUGCAGAUCCUGAGACUUGCUGGCUGUAAUCUCACUGCUCAGUGUUGUGACGGUUUGUCUUCAGCUCUACAAUCCUCAAACUCUGUCCUGAGAGGGCUGGAUCUGAGUAACAAUGACCUACAGGACUCUGGUGUCAACUUCAUUUCUGAUGGUCUGAAGAGUCCAAACUGUCAGCUGCAGAUCCUGAGGUUGUCUGGCUGUAUGGUGACAGAGGAAGGCUGUGGUUAUGUGUCUUCAGCUCUGAGAUCAAACCCCUCACACCUGAGAGAGCUGGAUCUGAGCUACAAUCACCCAGGACAAUCAGGAGUGCAGCUGCUCAACCACAAACUGGAGGAUCCAAACUAUAAACUGCAGAUACUCAAUGUGGAUCAUGGAGGAGAGGUCAUGAUGACAGCAGGACUACGAAAGUAUGCCUGUGAUCUCACACUGGAUCCAAACACAGCAGACACUCGACUCGUUCUGUCUGAUGGGAACAGGAAGGUGACGCAUAUGAAAGAGGAUCGGCCAUAUCCUGAUCAUCCAGAGAGAUUUGAUCAUGAUGUGUAUCCUCAGGUUCUGUGUAGAGAGAGACUGACUGGACGCUGUUACUGGGAGGCUGAAUGGAGCGGAAAUUAUGCUGUAAUAUCAGUGACAUAUGAAGGAAUCCGCAGGAAAGGAUGGAGUGAUGACUGUGUGUUUGGAUACAAUGACAAAUCCUGGAGUCUGUUCUGCUCUGAUGGAGGAUUCACUGUCUGGCACAAUAAUAACAGCACUGUUAUACCUCCUGUCCGUCUAUCCUCUAAGAGAGCAGGAGUGUAUGUGGACGUGUCGGCUGGCUCUCUGUCCUUCUACAGCGUCUCAGACACACACACACUCACACACUUGCACACACUCAACACCACAUUCACUGAACCCCUCUGUGCUGGAUUUGGUGUUUAUCCUCGUUCCUCAGUGUCUCUGUGUGAUAUUAAAGGAUAGAGAGACACUCUGUAAAUCCUCUUUCUGAUCUUCACACACACUCAUCAAAUCUCACUUCAUCACAUUUGUAUUCAUUCAUUUUUAAAUCCCUUGAUGCUCAACAAAAGCCUCACGUGACUUUGGCUCAUCAGAUCAUGUGAUUGGAUAACUGGACUGACCAGAGGAUCAACUGCAUUACAGCAUCUCAAAUGUUGGUUUGGUGGAUCUGAAACGCCUGAACCAAAGCUUAGUUUAAUUCCCUCCAGAAGCGUCUCACACGAUUGUGUUCCCAAACUCCAGCAUCUGAACGCAAGAGAACAUGACAGCGUUUUUUGUGUUUUGUCUGCCUGAAAAAAGAGCCACAGUGGAUUCCCAGAUUACAGCAGCUUCCGUUUUUGUUACAAAUAUUCUGUGCCAUUUUCCAGGAAGUGACGAUUUUGUUCUCUUGAACAGCAGCUUUAUUCACCAACGUUUUACAACAUGUUUUUGUGGAAGUGUAUCAUGACACGGACAAAGGAGAUUUCAGAGAUGUUGCUCAUCAGACUGGAAAAGAGUAUGAACUCCACAAAUCCACAGUCAGACAGAUGGAGGAAAUUCAAGACACUUGCUAACCUUGAGUGUUUGACCAACAAAGAUCACUCCAAAAGACAUGUUAUAGUCCACGAGGUCACAGAGGAUCUCAGGGUAACUAAAGGUCUCUGUCACAUUAACUGAUGCUAAUGAUCAUGAGUCCAUCAUCAGGAGAACUCUGAAUAACCUGGAGAAAUCCACUGCUCUCCAGAAAGACCAUUGCUGCGGUUUAAUUACAGUUUUUUUCAGUGGCUAACAAGCAUUGUUCAAUACCGAAACUACAUUCAAAACUCUUCACACAGUCUGCAUUAGCAGCAUGAAUGUUGGCCAAACAGUUAAUCUCACCUACAAAACUCACUCAGACCAACAUAACACUCAAUCAGAAAACACACAUUUCAUUCACAACACACUGACCUAAAAAACACUAACAACAGGAAGCAUUACAUAAUUGAUGAACUUUUCUUUUUGAAAGUUUCAGUGAUUUUCCACAUAAAUCAGUUCUUCAUAUAGAAUACUGUAACACAAUUUCACUUUAUUGAAAGCAUUUGUAACACGAAUGAAUCAGAAAUUAAUCAAAAUUUCAUUUUUUUAUAUGAAUACAGUACUUGAAAAUACAGUUUUUCUCAAUUGCUAAAACACUAAACCCUACUGUCUGAACCAAAUGCUCAGUUGCCUGAACCCACUGAUUGAAUCAAUCGCUCUUUUGGCAAAACCAUAAGCACCUUUCACCUGUUUAGACACAACUUGCCAACACAUUUUCAUUGUGACGCACCCGUGCUGCAUAAUGGUGAGCACAGGUGACAAAAGUCAAACACAAUUAAAGCACAGAUGUCACCACUUGUACACAACAACUCAAAAUUGAUCACACUUGUGGCUAAUGAUGUGAGGGAACAUAUAAAGUAAGCCCGUUCAGAGAGCACUGGUUUGUGAGGCCCUACAAUGGAUCGAAAUCUGAGAGGAAGAGUUUGUGUGAGAGGAGGUCGAGGUGGUCAGCGAAGACCGAGAACAGAAAUAUCUGAUUUAUCUGAUGCAUUUAGCCUACAGUGAACAAUAAACAUUUAUUUCUCCA